AUGUCCUUUAAAAUACAUAACACAUUUCUAAGGCAAAGUGAGCUAUAUCUUCGUGCUACUGAAGAGGAAUGGCUGAAAAUUGCCAAAGAAUAUGAAGAAAAAUGGAAUUUCCCCAGGUAUUUGGGAGCUAUAGAUGGGAGGCACAUUGACAUUGUGGCACCACCCAACAGUGGAACAGUUUAUUUUAAUUAUAAAGAGCGCUUCAGCAUUGUUUUGCUAGCAAUUGCUGAUACUAAUUAUAGAAUAAUUUACACUGAUGUUGGUACACAGGGGGGGAUUUCAGAUGGUGGUGUCCUUAAAGACACCACAUUUUACAAAAUGUUAGAAACCAAAACUCUACAUUUACCACCAUCAACUCCUCUUCCUGGUAGAAGCAAGCCUGUUCCAUAUGUUUUCGGCACUGACGAAGCCUUUGGCCUAGAGGAAAAUAUUGUGAAACCAUUUCCAGGUCUGCACGAAGAAAAUAGUUGGCAAUAUAUUUUUAACUAUAGAGCAUACAGAGCAAGAAGAGUAAUAGAAAAUGUAUUUGGGAUUAUAAGUGCUGUUUACAGAGUGCUGAGGAAGCAAAUGCUUCUCAGUCCGGAAAAGGCUACAGUGGUAGCACUAGCCUGUGUUUAUUUACAUAAUUUUCUUCAAAACAGAAAAUCUCAAAGGUAUUGUCCAGCACACAUUAUGCAAAGCAUUAGCACGAAAAAAUGUUGCCAAAUAUAUGAUUAA